UUAACUUCCAACCAGUCUGCCCAAUUCCUUGUGACACUGUGAAUUCAAGAUAGCCUAAAAACUCUACAUAGAAAUGGCUUCUCUGACAAUGACAGCCUCAUUCUUGGGUGGCUCCGCAGCUGCCGCCAUUUCCAAACAACCUCCCACCACCGCGCGCCGUGGAGGGGUUUCCAUGGUUAAGGCCUCCAAGGAUGAAAAGGUCGUGAUGAGCACCAAGGAAGAGGGAAGCAGCACUAGAAGGGACUUGAUGUUUGCGGCCGCAGCUGCAGCCGCAUUUUCGGUCGCAAAAGUUGCUAUGGCUGGUGAGCCCAAACCAGGAAGUGCAGAAGCUAAAAAGAAGUAUGCACCUAUUUGUGUUACUAUGCCCACUGCCCGCAUUUGUCGCAAUUGAGAUUUGAUAUUGGCUUUUGUGAUGCCUUAUGUUUUAUCUAUUUAUCAUGGAAGAAUGAAUAUUGUAAAAACCUUAUUCUCUUGCUAAUUUAUCUUAUAUUAUGUUGUCCAUAAUGUAUAUGGCUUGUGUUUGA